CUCAUAGUCUGCAUUACAGUCUGAGAAAAACAGAGACCCUGGUCUUUUGGGUCUGAUGGGUCGCUGCACUUUCUCCUCGGACGAUAUUGUAAUAAAGUCUCCGAAUGAUAAGAAACUGUACAGACUAAUUAAGCUUGAGAAUGGCCUCACUGCAUUGCUCAUUCAUGACCCUGAGAUAUACCCACAAGGGUCCAAGGGCCUCGAACCCAGUGAAGAAGAUGAAGCAGCAGCUAAAGGUGGAGAUGGUGCCUCAAAGACUAAGAAGGCAGCAGCGGCAAUGUGCGUUGGAAUGGGCAGCUUCUCUGACCAUAUGGAAGCACAGGGGCUUGCGCACUUUCUUGAACAUAUGCUCUUCAUGGGGAGUACAAAGUUUCCGGUUGAAAAUGAGUAUAACAGUUACUUGUCCAAGCAUGGGGGCUCAUCAAAUGCUUACACAAAGGAAGAGCACACUUGCUACCAUUUUGACGUGAAACGAGAGUUUCUAAAAGGUGCCUUGAAAAGAUUGAAUCUUGUCUGGCUUACACUCAUUGUUAUAGGAAUUCUUUACAGGCUAGAGGCUGUUAAUGAUGUUCCUAUGCUCAACUUGGCAUGGACGCUUCCAUGUCUUACUCAACACUAUUUGAAGAGCCCAGAAUAUUAUUUAUGGCAUCUCCUUGCGCAUGAGAGCAGGGGAGGUUUGCAGUUCUACCUCAAAACUAGACGGUGGGCAGUAUCUCUAAGUGCUUGGGUGGAGAGCUAUUCUGUGGCUUAUGUCUUUGGCAUGAAUAUUUACCUCACCGACUCUGGAUUGGAGAAGAUUUUUGAAAUUAUUGGGGUCGUGUAUCAAUACAUUAAACUAUUGCGUCAAGUGUCACCACAAAAAUGGAUAUUUCAAGAACUCCAGGAUAUUCGGAACAUAUGCUUUAGAUUUGUAGAGGAGCAGCCCCAGGAUGACUAUGCUUCAGAACUUGCAGGAAAUUUACUACUUUAUCCAGCAGAGCAUGUUAUUUCUGCGCAAUGUGGGUAUGAGAUUUGGGAUGAGGAAUUGAUUGAAUAUGUUCUUAGUUUCUUCAGACCAGACAACAUGAGGAUGGAUGUGAUAUCAAAGUUUUCAACUAUGUCCAAAGACUUUCAGUGCGAGCCUUGGUUUGGGUCACAUUAUAUUGAGGAAGAUGUAUCUCCGUUUUUGAUGGAUUUGUGGAAGGAUCCUCCAGAGAUUGAUGUUUCGUUGCAUCUCCGAGAAAAGAAUGAGUUUAUUCCUUCUGAUUUUUCCAUUCGUUCUGAUGGUCUUGAUACUACAUAUACAUCUUCUCCGACAUGUAUACUUGAUGUACCUUUGCUUAAGUUCUGGUACAAGCUUGAUCGUACUUUUAAAGUUCCACGGGCAAAUAUAUACUUUCGAAUCAGUCUAAAGGGUGGAUUUGAUGACUUGAAGAGUUCUCUGUUGACUGUACUAUAUAUCGACCUUCUUAGAGAUGAGCUGAAUGAGAUUUUAUAUCAGGCCAGUUUUGCCCUGCUGGAUACUUCUUUGUAUGUGAAUAAUUGCUAUCUGGAACUGAAGCUGUGGGGCUUCAAUGAUAAGCUUCCAGCUGUAUUGUCAACAAUUCUGACAACAACCAAAAAUUUCCUGCUGUUGUAA